AUGACUUUCUCGUUAAUUGCUGUCCGCCGCCCCGGUGUGCGGUGCACCGGGGUCCGUUAUUUGCAUCUGGUCCGUCGUGGGCGCCGGUGGGGAGAUGGUAAUGGAGGAGGGGCGUCCGGGUCCCUCAAAACCCGCCGGUGACAGGCGGCCCCAGCAGCGGGAGAAGAAGGACAAGCAGCAGGACAAGCAACAGGCCUGUGAGGGUUUCAGUAUUAAAGCCAUGAUGAAAAACAGCGUGGUAAGAGGGCCCCCACCUGCAGGAUCAGUAAAACAAAGACCAGCAAAACACACAGCGUUUCGCAAGUUUUAUGACAGAGGAGACUUUCCAAUUGCUGUUCAGCAUGAGUGUGCAGGAAACAAAAUCGCCUGGAAGGUAGAGAUUGAAGAUCUGGACUACCAUUACUUUCUGCCUUUGUUCUUUGAUGGGCUUUGUGAAACAGAAUUUCCAUAUGAGUUUUUUGCUCGCCAAGGAGUCCAUGACCUGCUGGAGCAUGGUGGAAACAAGAUUCUUCCUGUUGUGCCUCAGCUCAUUAUUCCAAUAAAAAAUGCCCUGAACCUUCGUAACCGACAGGUCCUCUGCACCACACUAAAAGUCAUCCAGCACCUGGUGGUGUCAGCUGAAAUGGUGGGGGAGGCCUUGGUGCCCUAUUAUCGACAAAUUCUCCCAGUCCUAAGCAUCUUUAAGCACAUGGAUGUUAAUUUAGGUGAUGGGAUAGAAUACAGCCAGCAGAAGCGUGAAAAUAUUGGAGUUCUCAUCCAAGAGACACUGCAACUCUUUGAACGCUACGGUGGAGAAAAUGCUUAUAUAAACAUUAAAUACAUGAUUCCCACUUAUUGGUCGUGCAUGUAAACUGAGUUAUAUUAAAUGGGAUGAUUCCAUCUGUGCUCUAAAAAAAACUGUAUCUGACUCUGUAUGGCAUCUUGUUAGUCAUGCUUUAUCUUCUCUACAGCUGCUAAAAUAGUGGCUUCUGGGGCAUUGGAGUGUUAGCACUAUUGUGAGCAAGGCUUUCCAAUACAUAAAUAGUGUCUGUUCCUUUGAUUACAAUGGUGUACUGUGCUUGUUUGUUCCCUGAAAGAAUCACUCCUUUAUAACAGAGCUGACUCGAACAGGAAUCUGAGUUAAACCUUCACUUGUGUAGACAAUAAAAGUAUAAUUUUCAUACGCG